CAUUUCCUUUGUCACAUAUAUAUAAGAUUGCCUAACUUUUUCAGCAGACUAUCUUCAGUGAAGCUGCUUAUACCUCUCCUCUCCCUUCAUGUGUGUGUAAAUCCCUCUAUCUACCAGCUAAAGAGUUCAGCAUCUGAGAACCUGGGGCAAUCUAGAAGUGGCUUUCACUGACAAAGCCGACUGGGACUUACCAGAUCAUUUAUACACAGAAGAGACCGUGUUUAAGCAGACUAUCUUCAGUGAAGCUGCUUAUGCCUCUCCUCUCCCUUCAUGUGUGUAAAUCCCUCUAUCUACCAGCUAAAGAGUUCAGCAUCUGAGAACCUGGGGCAAUCUAGAAGUGGCUUUCACUGACAAAGCCGACUGGGACUUACCAGAUCAUUUAUACACAGAAGAGACCGUGUUUAAGACUAUCUUCAGUGAAGCUGCUUAUGCCUCUCCUCUCCCUUCAUGUGUGUGUAAAUCCCUCUAUCUACCAGCUAAAGAGUUCAGCAUCUGAGAACCUGGGGCAAUCUAGAAGUGGCUUUCACUGACAAAGCCGACUGGGACUUACCAGAUCAUUUAUACACAGAAGAGACCGUGUUUAAGGUAUCAUAGCUGAGACCAGAUCCUUAUGAGAAACAUCAAGAGGGAGAACCUACAAGAAGCCAGAAGAUGUGCAGCACUGCAGAAGCUGGCUCAAAUUCAUCUUGGAUAUGUACUCUAUACAUGUUUUAAAUUGGCUAAGACAAUAAUACAAGAGUCUUGAGCAGUUGCUAAUAUCACCUGUAUGAAAAGACAAAUUAUCCAUUGGACUAAUUAGUAUGUUAAACAUGCAUCAUUUAAUUUACAAAGUUGUGAACUGAUUGUUUAGUUGAUAUAUAUUCUCGGCAACACAGAAACAAGAUUCCUCCUUGAUUAGGUUCUGGAGAUAGAGGUAUGAGAUUUGAUACUAAAGCCAGUGGGGGAACCAGGGUGGAGUCUCUUUUCUAGCUCCACCCCCAUCUCCACCCCCAUCUCUCCGCAAGUCUCGGCCAAGUCUAUUGGCCAAAUGUCUCAUCCCCUUCCGUAAUUUGAAAGAUGCCAGGUGCACCCCUGUGAAAGUGUAAUUCAGCCAAAAAACGAGUGACACGAAACGAGUGACACGAAACCAACACACUGGAACACUUCCCCUGGUUAUUCAUUACAUCUCAAAGACAUUAGUUACAUUUAUCUUAAACUGAAAUGGCUCAGAAAAGACAGAGUGAUGAGCCAUUGGACAGAGCCCCCAAAAGGUCACCAGUUUCUAAUUCAAUGGACUCAAACCCUACCAAUAUAGCUCAUGAACUGAAUGCCAGAUCCCCUGGUUUUGUUCCCCCAGACCUCCCCCAAAUUGACAACACAGAUAAUGGGCAGUCUCAGAACCUGCCUUCACUGCCUUUUACAGCAGGUGAAAAUGAUGCCCAUUCAUCCACUAAUGAUACUCAGCAAACGGAUCCUCUUGGUGCGUUGAAUGCGUAUUUAGAGAGACUUCAGCAAGGUGACGAUGGCAUAGACAGAUCCAUAAGAGUGAUUCAUAGAGCAAAGUUCAACACAACUGAAAUUAGACAGCGGCUGGACAUGAGUCGGGAUGAUGUGAACGACUAUGCCGUCUUCUAUGCUAUGAUUUUAGAGGCAAUAGAUGGACUUUCAAAGAAAACGACAGAACUGGCCAGUGCUAAUGAUGUAAGACUGUUACAGUUGGAGGGUGACUUUGUGUUCCCAGUCUCAGCCCGUUUGCCAAAUGGAGAAGUGGAACCUGACACAUUUCUUUCAUUAAUCGAGCAGGUGGUCCAGAGUAACCGAGAAAUAUUGACUGAUGACACCCUAGAGCUUGUUGUUCAAAUCGUGCACAAUCUCGAGGGUGGUGGUGGUCCACGUAGAAAGGUGACAGCUAUCUUGGAUAGUGAGCUAAUUAAGAAAAAGCGUAUGCACCUCAUUGUACUCACUAACAAAGACAACAACCUUUGCUUUGCCACUUGUGUAGUUAUGCUUUUAGACCCAGGAUUGACUACGAGUGAUGCUGAGCAGAAAGGCAGAGAUCUGCAGACUUCAGUUGGGUUGUCUGAGCUCACUAAGGUUUCUUUAUCAGACAUUAACAAAUUUGAGAAGGAACUGGGUGUUAAAAUAGUGGUAUUUUAUCGUGAACGGUCAGAUAUAAAACACUUUAAAACACAUUUUAAGAAAACUCAUGCCAAAACAGUGUUUCUUUACCUGCACGAUGACCAUUACUAUGGUAUCAAAAACCCAAAGGGGUUUCUGGGAGUUAGCUAUUUUUGCAACUUUUGCUAUUCUGGCUAUAGCAAAAAGAAUGACCACAAGUGUGAGAAUUGCUGCAAUGUCUGUCAUCAUGCUAAGUGCCCAGAUCAGCCAAAGAAGACCAUCCGGUGUACAGAAUGUUUGCGUUUCUGUCGAUCUAAAUUCUGCCAUACACAGCACAAAGUUCGUCAUUUGAAUGAAGCCUCUGGUAAAAUGUUUUCCACGUGUGAUGUAACCAAAUACUGUUCCCAGUGUAACAGAUGUUACACUAUUAAUGUGGCCAAUCCGAAGGAGCACAAAUGUGGAGCUAAUCGAUGCCACUGCUGUAAAGCUGCAAACAUGGAAGCAGAAGGCCAUCAGUGUUUCAUUCAAAAACUUGAACCCGAGGAGCCUAGUGAGAAGUACAUCUUCUAUGACUUUGAGACAAGACAAGACACAGAUGAGCACGUUCCCAACUUUGUGUGCUGUAUGGAUUUCCAUGGAGAAACCUGGACUGCAGAGGGAGAGCACUGUGUUAAAGCCUUUUACAAAAAAUACAGAACAAACAGGUACAAGGACUAUACAUUCAUAGCCCACAACUCAAAGGGAUAUGAUGGGUAUUUUUUGAUGAACUAUCUAGUCGACAACAUGAUUACACCAAAAAUCACAGCACAAGGCAGCAAGCUUUUAUGCAUUAUUGACAAAGACUUUGGACAAAGAUACAUUGAUAGUCUCAGUUUUUUAUCAAUGAAGCUGAGUGACAUGCCAGAGGCAAUGGGCUUUGAAAAUGACAAGAAGGGAUAUUUUCCACAUUGGUUUAACACACAGCAAAACCAGAAUUACAUUGGCAAGUACCCCUCCCCUGAAUUAUAUGGUGACAGAACCAUGAUGAAGAAAGAGAGGGAAAACUUUCUGCAGUGGCACAAAUCAAAAUCUGAAUCAAACUCUGAGUUUGACUUCAAGAAGGAGAUGGCAGAAUAUUGUAAGAAUGAUGUGAUCAUUCUGCGGAAAGCAUGCUUACGGUUUAGGGAAGAGGUCCUUAGCACUACAAAGGUUGACCCACUGCAAUGUGUGACUCUUGCAUCCCUGUGCAUGAAAAUCUACCGCACAAAAUUCUUACCCGAAAAAACCAUUGCCAUUCCUCCAUUAGACAAUUACAUCCAAAGUCAGAAGACUUUUUCUACUCAAUCUAUUCAAUGGUUGGAAUAUUUGUCUCACAAGGAAAAACGAUCCAUAAAGCAUGCUCUGAACGAUGGAGAAAAACGGAUGGGCAAGUACUCGUUGGAUGGUUUCUCAGAGGAUGAUGAUGGUACCAUAGCCUAUGAGUACGCUGGCUGCUAUUUUCAUGGUUGCCCAGACUGUUAUGGCUAUGAUGCUUUUUGUAAGCAGACCAAAAUGACCUUUGGUGUCAUGCAUCAGCGUUUCCAGGACAAAAUCAGCUCGUUGCAAAAGGACCACCAUUUGAAUGUGAAGGUGAUGUGGGAGCAUGAGUGGAAUGUUCUCAAAAAGACAAAUUCAGAGGUCCAGACAUUUUUGAAAACCUUUGAAAUGCCUGAGCCCAUGGAACCCAGAGAUGCCUUUUUUGGGGGUAGGACGAACGCACUUCACCUGCAUUACAAAGUGCAACCAGGGGAGACAAUCCAAUACUAUGAUUUCACGUCACUUUAUCCCUUUGUAAAUAAGGCAAAGGCUUACCCCAUCGGACACCCUAACAUAAUUGCACGUGACUUUGAGCCACUAGACAAAUACUUUGGUUUGGUCAAAGCCAAAGUAUACCCCCCAAAGGGUCUGUAUCUCCCUGUGCUACCAUAUCGUGCUGCUGGCAAGCUCAUGUUCCCACUCUGCAGAAUCUGCUCUGAGUCAGAGAAUCAAGAGACUGAGUGUACUCACUCAGAUGAGGAAAGGGCUCUAACUGGAGUAUGGUGUACUGUUGAAAUGGCCAAAGCCGUUGAAAAGGGGUACAAAGUUGCCAAACUGAUUGAAGUGUGGCAUUUCCCCAAAAAGUCUGAAUCUCUCUUCGCUGAGUAUGUCAAGACCUUUCUAAAAGACAAACAAGAGGCCAGUGGGUGGCCUCAUAGUGCAGCUGAUGAAGUUAGCAAAGAAGCGUACCUUCAGAGAUAUGAGGAAACGGAAGGUAUUAAGCUGAACCGUGAAAAAAUUGUUGUCAACAAGGCCAUGAGAAAAAUUGCUAAGCUUUUUCUGAACAGUCUUUGGGGAAAGUUUGGCCAAAGAGCAAAUCAAAUGAACACAACUUUGAUUAAAGAUUUGCAAGAACUUCUGAACUGUGUGUUCUCUCCUGAGAUAGAUGUUUCUAAUAUCUCUUUCUUGAAUGAUGAUGUUGUCAUGGUGAAUUGGAAGUACAUUGAGAAGCGCCACAGUUCUCCUGGUCCUGUUAAUGUUUUCAUUGCCGCUUUCACAACUGCCUAUGCUAGACUGGAGCUCUACGACCUCAUGGAAAAACUGCAGAAACGAACACUGUACCAUGACACAGACAGUGUCAUAUUUGUGAGUAGGCCUGGAGAUUGGAUGCCAGAGCUAAAUGAGUUCUUGGGGGGCCUGACGAGCGAGUUAGAUCCAGGUGAUCACAUUGUGGAGUUUGUAUCGGGUGGACCAAAGACAUAUGGAUACGAAACACACAAUGGAAAGAAAUGCAUGAAAGUUAAGGGAAUCACGUUACAUCAUUCCAAUGCAGCUUUGGUACAUCUGGAGUCUCUCAUAGGAUUGGUUAAUGACUUUCUUAAAGACAGGGACAAUUCAGAUGAGAUAUUGACACAGAAUACCCAGAUUGUCAGGGACAAGAGGAGAUUCACUUUAAAAAACCGCUCCGCCCCAAAACGAUUUAGAAUCGUGUAUAACAAGCGGAGGCUUUUCCCAGACUACAGUACACUGCCUUAUGGGUACUAGGUUCUCUGUCUGUACUAUGCCAUUCUUGGCAAGUGUAUUUAAUCAAUCUAAUGGAAUAAAAUCACUAUUCUGUGAAGAAUGCCUGUAUAUGUUGACUAUGAAUAUCAUUGUAAUUAUGAUAGCACUACUGGGAUUGUCAAGACCCUCGAUUAUGAUUUCUGGGCAAAAUUACAGAACAUUGUAUUUGUUUAUGCUAUCCUUAUCUCAUAGCUUGUGGUAAAGUAUAUAGAGGUUUUUACGUAAUAUUCCAUAUUAUAUUGAACAUAAUCUUUAUUUGUUGUAUCUGACUUUUAUUUUAUUUUUGUAUUUUUAUACGAUAUGUGAUUAUUCUUUACAAACACAAGUGUUUUUGUGGACCUUUUCAGGCCAUAUUUAUACUGUGUGUAUAUAUAUUUUCAAUAUUGUACUAUCACAUUUUUGAACUGUCAUAUUAUUAUUUUUUUUACUUAUUUAAAAUCUGCAAAUAAGUGCAAAAGUAAUUAGAUACAUUUUAGAGUGGAAGGUAUUUCAUAUGUUAUUGUGGCAUAAGAAAUUCCCAUUUACCCAAUAAAUUACUGGGAGUUAAUAUAGAGUGUGUGACUCUCUUUAUUUAUUUAUAUAGCUUAUAAGAAAUUCCAUAGACCCAAUACAUUACUAAUAAAUGCCUCAUGAGCUUAGUUCAAUUGUUGUACCCCAUCAGCACCCACCAUAACCUUGUUUUACUCCAAUUUUUGUAAACAAAGUAAUUGUUAACAAAUACUGUAUUCAACCCACAUGUUUUUGUGCAAAACUGAUAGAGACAUACCCCAAGCGACUUACAGCUGUAAUCGCAGCAAAAGGUGGCACUACAAAGUAUUAACUUAAGGGGGCUGAAUAAUUUUGCACGCCCAAUUUUUCAGUUUUUGAUUUGUUAAAAAAGUUUGAAAUAUCCAAUAAAUGUCGUUCCACUUCA